GCGUGGCGUGCCUCCGCACCAAUCCCGCCCGCCGAAUCCCUCCAAACCGCACCUUCUUUGUGCUAUCACGCCCCCACCCCCCUUCCCGAACCGCCCAUUCGCCUGUAAUAGACAAACAACAUGAGGGGGGGAUGGAGGGAUGGAGGUAUUGAUUGACAUUUCCAACCACGCCCCUUCGAUUUACAACGCCCCGCCCACUCCCCGGCUCCCUAUCAUGCGCUAUUUUGGCAACGCGAGUACGCAUGGAGCUCCCAGGCGCCUCCAGUCUCCUUUACGCACCGGCUGCGCGCGCACGGACCCUACAGCCGCCGCAUCCGCAUCCGCAUCCGCAGCCUUCCCGACCACUUCUGGCGGACUAAUAUGACAGAAGUGGAUUUAAAGGAGUGAUAAAAGUGAAGCUGAGGGACUCUCUUUCUUUUUUUACUUUCUUUUUUUUUUUUUUAAUCAUUUUUGUUUUUUUGGGGGGUGGCGGUGAGGGGGGUUUAUUAUCGUUUUCGCCCCCCAGAGUCACCGCGCAGUCAGCGAUGGAUGUCUUGGCGAACCACAGCAUCUUUCAGGAACUUCAGCUGGUCCACGACACCGGCUACUUCUCCGCCAUGCCGUCUCUGGAGGAGAACUGGCAGCAGACCUGUUUGGAGUUGGAACGCUACCUGCAGACGGAGCCCAAGCGCCUGUCAGAACUCUUCGAUCAAGACUUGGACGGUCUCCUCACCCCAGCCUACCUGAAGGAGGAUGGAGAUGAAGAACUGGCGGACUCCCUGCUGCCCAGCUUGCCCGGCCUCCCCGAACCUCCGAGCCCACCUCCAGCGCUCCUGUUCCCCACACGGAAGAUCUCCCACUCCGGAACAACCAGGGACCUUAAACCCAAAGGACAGGCGCAGGAGAGCGUGGAAGGCAUGGAGGGCGUCCACCAGGCCCAGUUGAGCGCCGUCACUUCUCUCACCCCGCCGUCGUCGCCAGAGUUGGGCCGACACCUCGUCAAGCCCAACCAGACGCUAACGGCCUCCGCCGACGGGACGCUCACUUUGAAGCUUGUCGCCAGGAAGGUGGGGCUCGGCGCCGCCCGGCUGGUGGCGGGACACGCGCUCCCCGUCCGGAUGAAGGAGGAGGAGGAUGGCGCCGCAUGUGCCAUCGGGGUCGGGGAGCUACCAGAGAAUAAAAAGAGGGUUCACCGUUGCCAGUUCAACGGCUGCAGAAAGGUGUACACCAAAAGCUCCCACCUAAAGGCCCAUCAGAGGACGCAUACAGGUGAGAAGCCAUACAAGUGCUCAUGGGAGGGCUGCGAGUGGCGAUUCGCGAGGAGCGACGAGCUGACGAGGCACUACCGCAAACACACCGGCGCCAAGCCUUUCAAGUGCAACCACUGUGACAGGUGCUUCUCGCGGUCGGAUCACUUGGCGCUGCACAUGAAGAGGCACAUUUGAGGAGUUCGGCGAGGAAGAGGACUGGCGACAGACGGAAAGUCGGACAAACUAUUCGGAGACAGAACUGAUCCAAUCUCAACUCUAUCAUUUUCCACGUUGAUGGCUUUGCAACCAUUGGCGCUAUCUUUAAAGUGCGGAUUUUUCGCGGCAAAUCCUUCUGUGAACUCUAAACCGGACCAGCUGUACAGUCAAUCCCACCAACAAGGAGCUCCUUGAACACUGAAGAUUUCUUCCUAUAAAGUUCUUAAUACAACACUUCAAGUCGGUUUUAGUCUUAACGUUAGCUCAUGGACGGGUUUGUUUUACGCUAUCCUGGAUAAACGGUAAAAUGACAUCCCGUCAACUCACCUUUCUCGCAUCUGCCUAUUGGAUCCAUUUACAAAUCCUUCUGGUUUGAUUACUUUGUUUGAACGGAGCUUUAGAAUGGAUUUGUCAAAGACUGGAAGACGGGACGAGACUGAUUGAGGUCAUCCGGGGGGCUAGCUUACUUUACGAUCAUCAUCUACUGAGACUGAUUAACCGGGAAAGACUCCUGGAAUUGAGAGAAGCGAGGCAGCUCCGAAUACUUUUUUUUUUCUUUUACUCUCUGGGAUCUUAGCUAUUAUGAAUUGUCAAAAAAAAAAUGGUUGCACAAUUGCCUCUUUUGCAAACUUUUUGUAAAAAAUGUGCCGCUGUCUGAAAUUCGACAGAUUGUGGACGACCACACGCACAAAGACGAAAGCAGCUAGUUAACUGCGACAGCACACUGAACACAACCAAUAUCACUAUCAAGAAAAAAAAGAAAAGUUGCUGUAUUUUAAAAGAUGACUUUGAAAAACUUGUUGGGGAAAAAAAUAAUACGAUGCAGCAAAAAAAAAGAUAAAGACGGGUUGCCUAAAAAUGAUCUCUUUGGCCUUUUAGAGUGAUUGGCACCAAUUGAGGACGGAGAUGGUCUGACCCACACAGACAGAUACAUUCAAAAGCUUUCCAAUGUGAACAUUCCCGCCGACUUACGGAUCAACACAUCAAAAUACUGGAAGCACACGGGAAAGCACAUUCAAUCAAUUGGGGGUCACCAGAGAAAACCAGUAUGAAUGUAUGCAUUCAUGGACAAGUCGCCAGAUCCAUGAAAACACCGAAAAUGGUCGUUGAAAUCAUACCAAACGCCAUUUGUGUGUUUCGACACCUAAGACGAAUGAUUGGACUCAUAAGCUGGGAGCUUUCGACAGUCCGUGGGUUCUCACUGGACCGGCAUGAGUGUAGAUUUCCUAGUGGGUGGCUGAAAUGUGUCGGUCGGGGAAAGGGGGGUAGGAGGACAGAUCUGCUCAGUCAGCGAUGAUAACUAACUGCCCCAUCAGCUCAUGUAACUGCAGCACAGUGAAACCCACUCGCACAAAAAGCCACAUGCAAACAAACAAACAAACCCUUCACGAAAACUGGAGUUGACCUGACUUUUGUUGUCGGACCGAACAAAUAUCAGAAACCGGUUUGAGCGUCACACAGACAAACAUUCGAGAGAACAAAAGUCAAAAAGGCAGCUUGGACGAAACCUGAUUGAAAAGGUCUUGAUGGAAUUAUCUGUGAACAACAACUUUUAAGGUGUUUUAAUGUUUUUUUGUUUUGUUUUGUUUUUCAUUUAAUGCUUUUAGGAUAUGGAAAGAAAUAGAUAUUUCUGUUUUUCAGAGGGACAUCACCAUUUCAAUUUACUGUACAAAUGCAAUCCUAUCUACAGUCAAUUUGUCUACAGCUCUACAAGAACAUCCUGUAUCAUGGACUGGUUAACAUAAACGACAUAUUCACUCCAUUGAAACCACCCUGUCACCAGAGUAAGAAGGACAAAUCCACCUUAAAGCUGCGUAUACUCCAAUCAUGUUUAUGAACGCGCUUUUAGCACAGGCCCAUCGUUAUCCAAUACUAGCACAUGUACCAAUACUAGUACAAUUCUAGUGGACAAGGUUCCUAAAUCAAAGACAUUUUGAAAUCUAGUUGAGGAGAUUUCAAAAUGAAAGACAUUUCCAACUCUAGUAAACCAGAUUACUUCAUUAAGAACAUUCACACUCAUUACUGACUAUAGUAGACCAGGUCCCUAAAUCAAAUACAUUUUCCAUUCUAGUAGACUAGAUUACAAAAUUAAAGAUAUUUCCAACUCUAGUAGACCAGAUUCUUUUAUUAAGGACAUUUCACACUAGUGCUAGUAUACUCGAGAUUCCUAAAUUAAACACACUUUGGAUUCUAGUACACCAGAUUCCUGAAUUGAAGACAUUCCCAAAUCUAGUAGGCCAGAUUCCUAAAGUGAAGACACUUCCAACUCCAGUAGACCAGAUUCCUAAAUGAAAGACUUUUCUGAUUCUAGUAGACCCGAUUCCUAAAUUAAAAACAUUGCCAAAUCUAAUAUACCAGAUUCCUCUAAAUUUUUGCAGACCAAAUUCCAACCCUAGUAGACCAAAUUCCUAAAAUAAAGACACUUCCGAUUCUAGUAGACCAGAAUCCAACUCUAGUAGACCAGAUUCCAAAUCUUGUAGACCAGAUUCCUAAAUUUAAGACUCUUCUGAUUCUAGUAGACCAGAGUCCUAUAAUAAAAACAUUGCCAAAUCUAAUAUACCAGCUUCCGAAAUUAAAGACUCUUCUGGUUCGAGUAGAGAAGAUUCCAACUCAAAUAGACCAGAUUCCUAAAUUAAAGACAUGUCUGGUUCUGGUAGACCAGAUUCCAUUUCUAGUAGUUCAGAUUCCAAAAUUAAAGACUCUUCUGAUUCUAAUAGACCAGAUUCCAACUCAAGUAGACGAGAUUCCUAAAUUGAAGACAUUCCCAAAUCUACUAGGCCAGAUUCCGAAAAUCAAGACUCAUCUGAUUCUAGUAGACCCGAUUCCAAAUUUUGUAGACCAGAUUCCUAAAUUUAAGACUCUUCUGAUUCUAGUAGACCAGAGUCCUAUAUUAAAAACAUUACCAAAUCUAAUAUACCAGCUUCCGAAAUUAAAGAGUCAUCUGAUUCUAGUAGAGAAGAUUCCAACUAAAAUAGACCAGAUUCCGAAAUUAAAGACACUUCUGGUUCUGGUAGACCAGAUUCCAACUCUAGUAGACCAGAUCCCUAAAUUAAAGACAUUGCCAAAUUUAAUAUACCAGAUUCCAAAAUUAAAGACUCUUCUGAUUCUAGUAGAGAAGAUUCCAACUCAAAUAGACUAGAAUCCUAAAUUUAAGGCACCACUGGUUCUGGUAGAUCAAAUUCCAACUCUAGAAGACCAAAUUCCAAAAUUAAAAACAUUGGCAAAUGUAAUAUACCAGAUUCCUAAAUUAAAGACUCUUCCGAUUCUAGUAGACCAGCUUCCAACUCAAGUAGACCAGAUGCCUAAAUUGAAGACAUUCCCAAAUCUGCUAGGCAAUAUUCCGAAAUUAAAGAUUCUUUUGAUUCCAGUAGAUCUUAUUCCAACUCAAGUAGACCAGAUUCUUAAAUUGAAGACAUUCCCUUAUCUACUAGACUAGAUUCCUAAAUUAAAGACAUUUCCAACCUUGGAAAUCUCACAAAACUAAUUAGGUCUUAGAUAGAGACUGUAGUCUGUAGUCCUAAACCUACCCAACCAGAUUAAGAUUACAUAACGUUGGUAGUGACUCCCAUCUCUCCUAACCCGAACCAGCUGGAUUGAAAGCAGCGUCUUCCUCUGGUGACCAGGCCCAUCAAGCAUGAGUCCAACUUGGCUUCUGUAUUCUUGAACACAGUUAUAGUCGAAGCAUUUCAUCAACCGCUGAUUUACUGUCAGGAUGACAAAUAUCUCUGAUGGCCAUCCAAGCUGUAAAAGAAGUAAUCAGCCCAACAAACACCGGAGAUUGGGACGUGCUUGGACCGCUCUCCUUUUCCGGGCUCGGCCUGAUUCUCCACCUGGAAGACGACGAGAAGCGUUUUCACUUUGUGCGUCCUCGAUGGCAGCUCUACGUGUGCGUUUCAGUAUUUGGUUGAGGCACUCCCCCCCCGUCGAAACUGAACUGAUAUGAAUGUGUGAAGAACAUGACGCGGGAGUGUCCUUUUUUUAUUUAUUUUUUGGGCUUUUUUUUGUUUGUUUUUUUGCUUCCCCUCCCCCCCGUCUCCCCCAUAUCAGUCGAGAACAGUUGUGGAUUUUUGGACGGAAACAUUAAAUGUGUCGUUUUUUUCAUGUUCAUUUUCACUUGAAGCAGUGGAGGGAAAAAGGAGAAAAAAAACAACAACGCAACAAGACAGUUUAGGAUUUAGUCGGACUUUUUCUUGGGAGAUAAAAAAACAAAAGUGUUCUUUUUUUAUGUGUUCUCCAGGAGCUCAAAAACUUUCAGAAAUGUGAAUGUGUUUCCUGGGAAGGUUUUGUUUCAUGUCGUCUCUACGGAUUCGGUUCAUCUUAAUGAAUGAUUGUCGAUUCUGCUGUGCCUGUGCGUUCCUUGUCUGUUUGUAUUUUGCACUCUGAAUUUUUUUUUUUUUUUUGUACAAAAAAAAAUAGGAAAAAAAAUCACUUGCAUAUCUGAUGUUUUUUUUGCUGUUUUUGUACGCUCACACGUGGAUCGGGAUGUCCGAGGAGACUGACUCCUGUGCGGACGGCGUCGCGAUGGGAAUAUUUCCACUUGUUUUCCACCUUGGUGGGAGUCAGACUCAUGAAAAGGAGGAGAUGGGGGAGGGGGGAGAGCCUACAUUACUAUGUGUGACACCACCUCUGCUUCCACUAGGUCUGAAUUUUAAAUCAAACGCACACCCCCUUCGCCCGACACACACAACCACCUUUUUUUUUCUACCAGCACCCCCCCAACCCUCCAUUUUCUCAGAUAUGGCCCCCUUUCAACUCCUCUCAAAAUGUCCCAAUCCUCCCCCCACCUCCAAUUUCGACCCCCCCAUCCCCCCAUUUUUCCCCUCUGUUGUCCUUCUGCUUUUUUCCGUUUCUCUGUACAAAGUGUUUCAAAUUUAUCAUUUGUAUAUUACGAUGAUGUAUGGGGUACAAUAAUGUUCUUUAUUAUGGACAAAUGAGGAAAAAAAAAUUUAUUUUUGUUACCGGUUUGUUUCAUAAUUCCUUUUUUAAAUUGGUAUUGUAAUAUCUCUAUGCAAGGAAACUGUCCGUUGAAUCGUUUUUAUUUAAGAAUGUAAUUAUGUGUAAUAAAUGGUAGAAGCAGUUGGGCAUGGA